AUGAAUGCAAAUUACAGAAAAAUCUUUGAAGAUGAAAAUUUGGACGAAGAAACGAAGGCAGCACAGAAGGAGGAGAUGGAAAGGAAACAGCGUCUACUUGAAAUUCAGGAGAAACUUCGACAGCAGGCAAUGGAAUUGAGGGCCCAGCGAGAAAAAGAGAUGACUACACAGAAGGAGUUGGCAGCAAGUUUGGGCUCAGGAGAUUCAUCAGUGGCCGGCAACAUGUUGAAGAAGGAUAUUGGAUCUGCUUCACUGAAAUCAUUGCUUGAAGAUAAAUCUGAUUCUUCAUCUAAUAUAACGAACUUAUUAGGACCAGGAAAAAGUCUUCUAAUCAAUAAACAGCCAAAACCGCCAGAUGUUGUGGAGAUAUCUAGCUCAUCAGACGACGAGAAUGAAGAGGAUGACGAUGAUUUGAUAGUCAUGUCAGAGGAGGAGGAGGAAGAUGAUGGCACUGACGACACAGAAAACAGUGGAAGUCAUGUGAAUGAUGCAAUGAACAGGCCGGACUCCAAUGGUUGUGUCCUGGUUAAUGUGGGCCACCCGCCAGACGAACCCGACAUUUUUCUUGCUCCUCAAUUGGCCAGUGCUGUCAAGCCACAUCAGAUAGGAGGCAUCAGGUUCAUGUACGAUAACGUCGUCGAAUCCAUUGGACGUUACAAGACCAGCAAUGGUUUUGGUUGCAUUCUUGCACAUAGUAUGGGGCUUGGAAAAACAAUACAGGUAAUUUCAUUCGUCGACAUCUUCCUGAGGCACACAGGAGCCAGGUCGGUCCUUGUCAUCGUCCCCGUCAAUACCCUGCAGAACUGGAUCAAUGAGUUCAACAUGUGGUUGCCAGUGGUCGAGGAGGACGGUAACUACAUGGGAGGCAUAGAUAGGGAGAUACUGUGGCCUCGUGAGUUCAAACUCUAUGUCAUUAAUGACAAUCUCAAGACCACUAACAGUAGAACAAAGAUUGUUGCGGACUGGCACGAGACAGGUGGCGUGUUGUUGUUGGGGUACGAGAUGUAUCGUCUGCUCAUCAAAACCAGAGGAGUUCCUGCAAAGUCCCGCAAGGCAGCCAAGAAAACAAGCGCCGAACCCGUCGUCAUCGACGUCGAUGAAGAAGAAGUUAACAAGGAGAUUGUGAAAAAUCUCCAUGAAGCUCUCAUGCGACCUGGACCCGACCUUGUCGUUUGUGAUGAAGGUCACCGCAUCAAGAACAGUCAUGCCAGCAUAUCACAAGUCCUCAAGAAUAUCAGAACCAGGCGCAGAAUAGUGUUGACCGGCUACCCCUUACAAAACAACCUCUUAGAGUACUGGUGCAUGGUUGACUUUGUGAGGCCCAACUACCUGGGAACCAAGCAGGAAUUUUGCAACAUGUUUGAAAGACCUAUCAUGAAUGGACAGUGUGCUGAUAGCACACCAAAGGAUGUCAAGUUGAUGAGAUUCAGAGCUCACGUACUGCAUAGUUUGCUAGAAGGAUUCGUUCAAAGACGUGGCCAUGCAGUACUUCAAGCAGCUCUACCACAAAAGGAAGAGUAUGUAAUUUUUGUUCGACUCUCUCCCAUUCAAAGAAAGCUGUACAAUGAGUUCAUGUCUGCUAUCAAGGACAGUGGCAGUCUCACUAGUUGGACUAAUUCCAACAAUCCCAUCAAGGCUUUUUCCGUCUGCUGCAAGAUAUGGAACCAUCCCGACAUUCUAUUCCAAGUACUGGAACAACGCAAAGACGAUAACGACCUUGACCUUGAUGAGGCAAAAGUCAACAACACUGACAUCAUGGCUCCUCCCACACCGACCACCAACAAGAGAACCAGCAAGAGAAGUAGCAGCAGGCUAACUAGUUCUGCUUCAUGCAGCAGCAUAGCCAGCAACUACAGUUGCCAUAGUAACGCCAGUAGCAGUAGCUCUUACAGUAACAGUAAUAAUAGUUACAACAACAAUAAUUACAACAACAACAAUUUUAAUAGUUUCAAUGACAUGGGCUAUGGCAAUAAUGGUGGCAUGGGUAUGGGAGGAAUGCACAUGUACGACAACAUGAACUCACAUCACCACUACAACAGCAACAACAACAUGAUGAUGGGCAGCCAUAGCAACAACCAUAACAUCAUCAACAACAAUCUCUGCAUGGCUAACAUGAGCAUCAACAACAAUUUCAAUAGCAUCUACAACAACUACAACAACUUUAUCAACAACAACAAUAAUAAUAAUAACAACAACUUCAACAACAAUAACAUGAAUGGCAAUAUGAACAGUAAUAUGAACAACAGCAUGAACAAUGGCAUCAACAAUAUUAAUCAACAGGAUAACUCAGUUAAUGCUGCCAACAUCAGUAACAUGAAUAACAUUUCAAACAACCCAUUUGCCAACCAAUCUGAUAAUGUCACAAGCUCCAAUGCUAUAACUACCACUGCCAACUCCUUUGUCAACACUUCUGCUAAUACUCCAGUUACCACAGCCACUACUACUUCUGCUGCUGCUGCUACUUCUAAUACAACCAAUACUACAACUACCUCCACUACAAGUACUUCUUCAGAAGCUGCCACAGAUGCUGACAAAAAAGCUGAAAAUGCAAGUGAGGUUGUAAAAGAAGGUCAGAGCACCUCUUCAACUAAUGAGAAGAAAGAAUCUCAAGUCAUCAGUUAUGAUUGGGUAAAAUAA